CUUCUCUCUCAUCUCACGUACAGGCGUGCAAGAGUGGGAACCGGACUCUGUAUCCUAUUUUUGGUUAUGCAUUUAUUCACUCUCCCUCUGUAAUUUCUAUUAUUUUUUUCUUCACUACCACUCUCUCCAUUACCAAACCAAUUCACUCUUUUCUCUCCUUCCUUCACUACGCCACCGCCACAGCCGCAGUAUUUAGCAAAUCUCUAAGGAAAUUAUGGCAGAAGAAGACCUCUAUACCAAGGAUGGGACAGUGGAUAUUAGUGGAAAACCUGCAAAUAGAAAGAAAACAGGAAACUGGAAGGCUUGCCGAUUUAUUCUUGGGAAUGAAUGCUGUGAGAGGUUGGCGUACUAUGGAAUGGGUACCAAUCUAGUGAAUUAUCUUCAGGACCGUCUCAACCAAGGAAAUGUCACUGCAUCAAACAACGUGACCAAUUGGUCAGGAACUUGCUAUGUUACCCCAUUGAUUGGAGCCUUUCUAGCUGAUGCGUAUUUGGGAAGAUAUUGGACAAUUGCCAUUUUUGUAAUUGUCUACAUUUUUGGAAUGACACUCCUAACAAUUUCUGCUUCUGUCCCUGGAAUAAGGCCAUCAUGUGAUAUGAAUUCUUGCCACCCAAAAACAGCACAGAGUGUAGCAUGCUUUGUGGCACUUUACUUAAUUGCUCUUGGGACUGGUGGAAUCAAGCCAUGUGUCUCAUCUUUUGGGGCGGAUCAAUUUGAUGAAGCUGAUGACAAUGAAAAGAAAAAGAAGAGCUCCUUUUUUAAUUGGUUUUACUUCUCAAUCAAUAUUGGUGCACUUAUUGCUUCUUCUGUUUUGGUCUGGAUACAAAUGAAUGUUGGCUGGGGCUGGGGGUUUGGGGUCCCAACUGUUGCAAUGGCCAUUGCAGUUGUGUUUUUCUUCUCAGGAAGCAAGUUAUACCGACUUCAAAAGCCUGGAGGAAGUCCCUUUACAAGGAUUUUCCAGGUUAUAGUUGCAUCCUUUAGGAAAUUGCAUGUUCAAGUUCCUGCUGAUAAGUCCCUUCUUUAUGAGACUGCAGAUGAGGAGAGUCAUAUCCAAGGAAGCCGCAAGCUUGAGCACACAGACAAGCUCAAGUUCUUUGACAAGGCUGCUGUGGAGACGCAAACUGACAGCAUUAAGGGCUCAGCAGACCCAUGGAGACUCUGCACGGUAACUCAAGUUGAAGAGCUCAAGGCCAUUAUCAGGUUGCUUCCAAUAUGGGCAAGUGGUAUAGUCUUUGCCACUGUAUAUAGUCAAAUGAACACCAUGUUUGUUUUACAAGGCAACACCAUGGACCAACAUAUGGGUCCACAUUUCAAGAUUCCAUCCGCUUCCCUCUCCCUGUUUGACACCCUUAGUGUUAUCUUCUGGGCUCCUGUGUAUGACCAAAUCAUUGUCCCAUAUGCAAGGAAAUUCACAGGUCAUGAACGAGGCUUCACCCAGCUGCAACGUAUGGGCAUUGGCCUUGUCAUAUCCAUUUUAUCGAUGAUCACUGCUGGAGUGUUAGAGGUUAUUCGGAUCAAAUAUGUCCAGAAGCAUAAUUAUUAUGAUCUCGAGUACAUUCCAAUGUCCAUUUUCUGGCAAGUUCCACAGUACUUUCUCAUUGGAUGUGCAGAAAUUUUUACAUUCAUUGGGCAGUUGGAGUUUUUCUAUGACCAGGCACCUGAUGCAAUGAGGAGUUUGUGUUCGGCUCUUUCUCUUACAACUGUUGCAUUAGGAAAUUACUUAAGCACUCUGCUGGUUACCAUAGUGACUAAUAUUACCACAAGGCAUGGUAAGCUUGGUUGGAUUCCCGACAACUUGAACCGGGGCCAUCUCGAUUACUUCUACUGGCUCCUAGCUAUCCUUAGCUUCUUGAACUUCUUGGUAUAUCUCUGGAUUGCAAAAUGGUAUACUUACAAGAAGGCAACUGGACGCGCUUCAUGAGAUAGAAUCGUUUGUAGAUUGAAGUUUGUGCAAGCAAUUCGUAAUUUCAUUUCUUGUGGAUGUUUAUGUUGAUAUCUUUUUGUUUAGUUUGGUUGUUUGGAAAACUGGAAGUUGCUCGUAAAUACCCUUUGGACAUGUUAAGGAAUUUUCAAUUUAGUAGAA